AUGCACCACGGCAUCAAAAAGGGUGCUCAGUUCCAAAUUCGCGCAAACGUCUCCACAGAGGGAUAUGUCAUCGAGACGUUGCCAAAGAUGCUUUCAAACUGCGAAAGUGGAGCAAGGGAUCCCUGUACAAUGGAAUACCCACGCGACGUUUCGAGAUUGAUGGUAGCCGUAACGGCAUUCUUCGAUCCAGCGGUGGACCUAUUUGAAUGUUCCACGGCCGAUGAAGGAAUUUAUUGGUUGGCAAACAUUGGCCGGAUGAUUGGCGUUCCCCUUACAAGAACCCGUCGCAAGGACCGUCAGAUGGCAUUAGAAGGAAACACAAUUCAUUUCAUUGGUACGGAAGACCCCACAACAAACUUUCCCUGGUACGCAAAGACUGCAAAGCGACUAGUCAACGCAACAAGGUUCCUUUGUUGUCUGGUUCGGAAAGACGGAAAUAUUGUAGGUGAUUGCAUUGACUGCUGGAAGCACUGUGGUUACGGUUGCCCUGGUGCAGCGUAUCUACGUAGCAAGUACAGUCUACUUGACGGCUCACUUGUAAACAAGAGAAAGGUAAAAAGCAACUCUCGCGGAAUGAAAGCAAAGGCAAUCGCACGUGGAUCGAAACACGAAAUGUAUAUAAGUGGUAGGGCUACUGUUCUUGGAAAGAGACGAAAGGCUCCGGAAAUGCUCAAGUCGGACAAGGAUUUCCUUCUGUCGUUGAGCUACCCCAUGCUACGUGAAACAACAAACUACCUUGGAUUGCUUUGCGAUUGCACUGAAAAUGGGAAGGCAUCGCAAAGCAAAAUGAUUUCUGUCUUGGUAGAAGAAUUCUAUGAUGACCCAGUUGCGUACAGGACAAAAAAUGCGAAAGAAGACAACGUAUUGGUGGAUGCUGAUCAGCUGGACGAUCUAUCGGAAGCAUCUUUCAACGUAGUGGAAGCAAUGGAUUCCUUUCCUGACGACGAAGACGAUGGCUUUUUAGACAAAUUCAAUAACGAUACUAUGUAA